AUGCGUCCCUGGAUAAUUGCCUCCUUAGACCAAUGCGCCCCAGACAUUUGCGUCCCUAGACGAAUGCGUUCUUGCUUCAUACCUUUUUCUUGUUUUAUACAUUUUCUUCCUUUCCUCUCUUUUGUUUGUUUCUUUCUUUCGUUUAUUCUUGACUUUCUGCUUUUCUUUCAUUGCUUCUUUCCCAUCAUAGAAGCGAUUUCUUUUUCAUUUUCGGAAGUAUUCAUUCUUUUUUUUCUCUUUUCCUUGAUUCCGAUUUUUUCUUUUGUCCUUUCUUUUCUUCCUUCCUUCCCUCCUUCCUUCUUUUAUUCUUUCUUUCUUACUUUCUUUAGUUUGCUUCAUUCUGAUUUUUCCUUUUUCAUUCCUUCCUUCCUUUCUUCUUUCUUUUCUUCUUUUUUCUUUCCUUCCUUUUUCACUUUCUUUCUUUUCCUCCAUUCGAAUCCUUCCUCCCUUUCUUUCUUUCUUUCUUUGCGAUAUUCAUUCUUCCCUGCUAUCAUUUUGUUCGGAUUCGUUCUUUCUUUUUUCUUUGUUGUUUUCAUUCCAAUUUUUCCUUCUUUCCUUCUUUACUUCCAUUCUUCCCUCUAUCAGAUUAUUUCUUUCUUUUUUCUUUCUUUUUCUUUCUCACUUUCCUUCUUUUCCUAUAUUCCAAAUCCUUCUUUCUUUCUUUUUUUCUGUCUUUCUUUCUUUGCAAUAUUCCUUCUUCCUUUCUAUAACUUCUCUCAGAUUCUUUCUUUCUCACUUUCUUUAUUUUCCUACAUUUCGAUCCUCGCUUUAUUGCUUUCAUUCCUUCCUUCUUUUUUUUUAACAAUUUUUAAUUUUCCUUCUAAAAUAACUUCUUUCUUUCAAUCUUUCCAUUCAGACUGUCUUCAUUUUCUUAAAUUUCUUUCUUUCUUUUUUUUUUUUAAAUUUCUUUCACGUGUCCUUUGGAUGACUUCACUGUCUCUCCAAACCAAAAGCUACUCUCUUACGACUGUCAUGUUACAUUAUCUGAACUCCAACCACACCUCAACGAUUCCUCAAAUCUUCUUCCUCAGCCGGAAGACAUCGUAA